AUGAAUGUCAUGCUCACUCGACUGCAGGCGGGAAUGGUGAUUGUCACGAACCGCCCAUUCCUCGACUCUUCCGGUCGCAACACACUUCUCGGCUGCAUGGCGCAGCACUGGAAAGACGAAAGAGGCGAAACGGUAUGGACGUUUCCGCGGCGUAUCGCAGAGCGUACGGCAAACAUGCCUGGAGUGACUAUGACACCCUCCACGCCGAAAGUGCCGCGC